CGUGUUGGCUCUGGCUCUACCAACUUACACAACAUCCAGAGAGACAACACCACACGUGCAUUUUCGUCCAGUUGGAAAUGGCCACCCGUUGGGGCAUCUGCAGCGCUGGGAAGAUUAGUCAUGACUUCACAGUGGCAUUAAAGACCUUGCCUUCCAAGGAACAUCAGGUGGUUGCUGUAGCUGCUCGAGACCUGAUGCACGCUCAGGCAUUUGCAACAAAGCAUAGCAUCCCACGAGCUUACGGAAGUUAUGAAGAGCUAGCCAAAGAUUCAGAAAUUGAUGUAGUCUAUGUGGGCACUAUCCACCCUCACCACUUGAGUGCGGGCAGGCUCUUCAUGAACGCCCACAAGAACGUUCUGAUUGAGAAGCCCCUGGCUAUGAACGCAGGAGAGGCGUCAGAGUUGAUUUCCACAGCCAAGAGGAACAAAGUCUUCAUGAUGGAAGCCCUGUGGACGCGGUUCUUUCCUGUGUCGGUGGAGAUCCGUCAGCGUCUGGCCCAGGGGGAGGUAGGGGAGGUGCAGCUGGUGCGGGCUGACCUGGGCGCCCCCCUCACACACAUCCCUCGCCUGGCAGAGAGAGACCUGGGUGGAGGGGCCGUCCUGGAUCUGGGGGUCUACUGCCUGCAGUUUGUCCUCAUGGUGUUCAAUGGGGAGAAGCCAGAGUCUGUGCAUGCGAGUGGAUUCAAUCUGGAUACAGGAGUUGAUGGAACCAUGGUGAUAGUUCUGAAGUUUUCUGGAAACAGGAUGGCUGUGUGUACUUGCUCCAUUACAAUGAUGCUGACCAAUGAUGCCGUCAUAGUUGGGUCCAAGGGUACCAUCAAAGUGCCAGACCACAUGUGGUGCCCAACCACGCUGGAGGUAAAUGGGGAAGUGAGCAAGCAUCCACUGCCAGAGCCCUCAAUGCCUCUGAACUUCAUCAACAGCACUGGUCUGCGCUAUGAGGCCCAGGAAGUGCGCCAGUGCCUGCUUCAAGGCUUUAAAGAGUGCCCUGUGAUGUCGUGGUCAGACUCCAGCCUUCUGGCAGAGGUGAUAGAUGAGGCCAGAAGAGAAGUGAUAUGACUGACUGACCAAUGGAACUAAGGCCAGCAAGAACUAAACAACCUCACACUACCCAAUGUUCAAUAAAAAUAUGAUUUUUUUUUUUUUUUUACAUUUUACCUCAGUGCUCUAGUUCAUAGAGUCUUCUUGGUAAAUAUUAUCAUGUUUGAUGAUGAUGGUUAUUCAUUGGUUAUGCACUUGUUUAACUAAAUAUCAUGUGCUAGUUUUUGCUUAAUUAUGCACUCAUUUUAUUAAAUAAUUUUACCAAAUGAUGCACUCUACUAAAUUAAAAGUAAUAGUUUAAUAACAUGAUUUAUACACCAAAACAGGACACCGCAGCAUUUAACAUGUGAUAUUGCCUAUGAAAAACAAUUACCUUGCUCAGAUAUUUAUGCUUCAUAGUAUCUUGUGCAGUGUCCAGAUUUGAUCACCUGGAAAGUAUGAUUCUCACCUCUCACCUUUGGAGGUUGGGUGCAUAUUUAUACAGUAUAUUUGUGCAGCUGUGAUUAUAAUAAGCCCCUGCUUCACAUCAGCUUUGCUAAUGCCUUUAGUCUGUACUGGAGUGAACAGUUUGCCCUCGUAAUUGUCAAAUCUAGUUUCAGUCUUAACCAUUACCUGGUGAUGAUGCUUGCCUCUCUUCACCUGUUCAACCUCUGAAAACCAUGUAUUAUUCCCUUGCCUCUACUAUUUCUCACUAAGAGGCCAAAUUAGUGAACAGCCACAUAUUACAAAUAGUAUAUUAUGAAAUGUUAACCAUCUUUAAAAAUUCACAAGUUCAAAAUAUAAGCUCCAAGUAUUACAUUUGACGGACCCCUCAUAAUACACAGCUUAGGCAAUUCCAAUUCUUGUUUCACAUGGUUCAUAGUUUUUUUGUGGUCUGCUUUAUGAAGUAUCAUUACCAAAUGUACUUCAUACCAAAUUGUCUGUUUAUAAAUGACAUUGUUUUAGUGAUAACAAUGAUAUUGUUUAUAAAUGAUAUCAAAACAAAUUAUAUAGACUAUAAAAACUAUGUUUUUACUUAUUACCAGGCAAAUAAAAACAACCAUAAUCAUAGACAUCAAGCUGCCAUAAAACCGCAUUUUGUAGAACAGCACUAAGCUGAAGUGCCAGAUAGCUGAGGGGAAAAAAAGAGACCAAAGAGAAAAUGUUUUUCUCCCAAACAGAUUUAGUGUAGCAUGAAAAUCCAGUCAAGAAGUCAAUUCAGUGACUAAUGAUUUUACUCAUAAUUCGUGACUUGACUCAUGUUGUGCUAUGACAUGAAGACACUCUUAAUCAUGACUAAGUACAGGAGACAUGACUAUUGCCAUGAGUAUGUCAGUCUGUAUUGAGUUGCCAUGAGUAUGAUGGUCUAGAAUGCUUCUCUCAAGACACAUUUUCUUUGUGGAAGCAGGCCAAAUGGAGGUCCGGUGUCACACACAUGAUUGUGAACUGCUUACAGAAAGAUUGUUUUCCUCAUACCCAUGAGGAUCCCAAACUAGAUUUUUGCAAAAUAACUUUCAUAAAAAUGUCUUUAAAAAUGUCACUUUUCCACCCUACCUUAAUAUAGGUGUUUAAUCCUGGCACUGCAGAAAAGCAUUUCUGAAUAUAUUCUAUAACAACUUUUUGUUUUUUUUAACUUAAGACAAUUAUGUAACCCUCAUGCUGUAGGCAAAACCUGAACCACCUACGCAAUCUUGACAAGCGGGAACAGCUCAUCGUUGGGUGUGAAGUAACGUUUCACGUCACUAUGUAAAUGCACCACUAAACAAGCUGAAGAGAAGCUUGAAUCCAUUCUGCUCAAAAGAUUUCAGUUAUCUAUGAGGUUUGAUCUCUUAAUGGGUAAUGCAAUACAAUAGCUUUUACCACAACAACAUAACAGGAUACGUUCUUAAACAGGCAUUUAUUUGGAGAUGUGACACAGAAGAAUCCACACUCCAUUCACGCCGUGAGAACUCGUUGGGUGCUAUGUAUAGAAAGAGGUUGGGCUUAGCCUAAACAAUAACAGAUUCAAAUACAAACAAACAGAUUGCUUUAUUGUUAACAGGAAAUUUACACAAGUUACUUGAAUAAUCAUAUUAAAAAUGUGAGAGCAUGACUUAAACAAAAACAAACAUUUGGUUGUGACUCAUGCCAUUACAUCAUAUACCUUUCAUUGAUUUGCCUAGAACUAGGCCUACACAAGUUAGGCUACAUUAUCUUUUUUUUCUAGAAUGUUACCAUUAACCAUUUCAUCCGCAAUAUUACCGAGUCACAACAUAUUCAGAAUGUAUUAAUGAAAGAUUUAAAAAUGUAACAAUUGUUUCAUGAUUAGUUCUGAGAGUUUUCAUUGGUCAAAUUGUAUGAGAGGGAGAGCAUGGAUAGGUAUGUCAAUACACAAUCAGACAUCACAAAAAAUAUUCAAGCAUAUUGAAUGUUCAAACAAUCAAAUGUUGAUAGGUGCAAAGCCUUGUGCAUAUCAAUUGAAACAAAACAUCAAGGACACAGUGCCCAUAUAUUCCAAAUGCAAAGGACAAUGUGGUUGUAAGAGGAAAACUAUGCCCAUCGACUAGGCUAUAUCUUUUUACCCCUGGAAAGUAAAAAUCACCCUCACAAGGCAGCUAUAAAGUUUAGUCAGUUACUCACACGGGAGCGGACACCCAAAUAAGAAUAAGGGCGAUGGAUUAAAAGGCAAAAUCCUGGAACAAAUUAUGAGCACCCUACAAUAACAUCAGGACCAAUGGAUAACAGCUCAUGGACCUGACAUGAACUACAAAUAAAAUAAUAUAAACGCAAGCGAUGAUUAAUGGGAUCCGAGCAAAAUGAAUAUGAGGUAGCAUAGCUUUUUAGUUUAUAUGCUUUCAUUGUUUGG